CUCGAAAUUAACACAAUUUUGAAAAUGGAGGAUUCUAAAACUAAUGGUUGACGAACUAAUUAUGAUGACCUAGAUGAAAAGUUGGGGUGUCUUGGACAGUGAGUGUUUUGAAGGAUCGGCAGUUAUGAAGAAGGAGUAAAAGGGGUUAUUUUCAAGGAUGAGAAUGUUGUUAUUUUUGAAGAUCACCGUCCUAAAGGAGAAAAGCAUCUCCAAGUUGUCCCUCUCAGACAUAUCCAGAAUAUCUUCGAGUGUAAAUCCCAAGAUUUAGAUCUCAUCAAAGAAAUGAAAGAGACAGCUCUUAAACUAUUGCAAGAAAUGGGAUUUAAGAAGAAAGAAGUUGUCCUGGGCUUUCAUAGACCUCCUUUUAACUCAGUUCAACACUUACAUAUGCAUGCGGUUGGAAACCCUUAUUCUGAUAAGAUGUACCUAACCUUCGGAACAUGGAUGAUCAAGACAGAUAAGGCUAUAAAGUACCUCUCAGAGUUUGGCUCUGUAAAGAAAGGAGCUCUAAAAGCUACUUCUCGUAACAAAUAUACAAAGCAUUUUGGCCCAAAAGCGUCAAAGAAGAAAGAAUCUGCUUUAAAGGUGAAGACAUUCAGUCUUUUCGGAGAAGAUUCUUAUAUUUAAGUUCAAUAUUCCUAAG